AUGUCAAAUACUCUCACCUUGUCAUCUGCGGUUGUUGCGGGCGGCCCGUUUGAGCAACAAGGCUCUAUCGACUGGGUCCAGAUCGCCAGGAUGUCAAUUUCUGUGCCAAUCUCCAUUCUCGCACGCGUCACAGCUGCCGAUGUUUCUCCUCUCACGAUCGUCGUGGGGCAAGAAAUGUCAUCCCUCAUCCGUUUGUCCCCCACUGGACAUGACCGUCUCAUUCGAGCACUUAGGGACUUGAAGAGUUUCUCUGCCAUAGGAGAUGUCAUUUGGUUUGGCUUUGGAAUCAAGCAUAUAGUACGAGUCCUUGCGGAGACUGACAAAGGGCUGACUUGCCUCAUGCUCUGUGCGUGUCUUUCUGAAAUUCACCCACCAAAAGCCUGUGCCGAAAUCAUGAUCAGAUUGGCUGAUGCUUGUGACGCCCCCGAUCAUCUACGUCCCUCUGCCAGCCAAUGGUUGAAUCUGGUAGGAGCUUGCUCCGGAACCCUCAAGUCAACGACCUUUGCAUGCAUCGCUGAGCAGUUCAUGUCAUUUCACCACCCUUACGUGAACGAUGGAUACAUGGAUGAGGCUGCAGAUGUUGCUAGAGCUUUGCUCGCUGUGGCACGUGUUUCUUCCGGUGUGCUUACCUCGGUAACAUUGACAGGUGGUCGGUCCUGCGGAUGGAUCGCCGCUAUUGGGUUCUACUUCCUCGGCCUCGAGAUCGAGAUCCGAAGUGCCGAUAAUGCUACGAUUUACAAGUCCACGACUAAUGAUGAUUCAAUCCGUCUGUUGGUCAUUUACGGGACAGCAGAGUCAUCCACUCACGUCCAGGUCAAUAGCACCGCGUACUUCAUCAACUCUGUUGAUAAGGUUGUGUACAGCUAUGAGCAGCGGUGUGACCGCAUUAUUUCUGGGACCAUUCCAUGGAAUAGUUGUCUUCUCACGACGUUUGGGAGCUCUUUCGAGAAGCUUCUCGAUGCUAAGCAAGACUUUGGACGUCUGAUCGGAGCUGCCGCUUGCGUCUUUCAAGCCUUGGUCAAUGCUGAUACAGGUACUAUAUUCAAUCCUCAAGAUUGCAUCAGUUGGUUUGGCUUUCAGCCGGGCCAAUACGGACAUGGCUUUUCCUAUUCUGCGACCUCAGUAUUCCCUGAACUCUUGUCCCUGGGUCCAUACAUUGAUGCCGACACGAACAUGUCUGUUGACAAUUAUGUUGAGGCUUAUAAGCAAGCCUCGGUGAACUUAGCAAACCUCUGUAACUGUUAUUACUGUUCCGGAGAUCGAUCCAGACCCAGGAGGGGUUAUUGUCUUCCUGUGUUGGCCGAGACCAUUAUCUUCCUUAUCUGGAAUCUUUCUGCUCUCCAACUCCACGCCGAUCUCAAGCCUUACCACUCUGGCCUAAGAUUCAUUUACCGACUACAAGUCGGCAGCGCUAUGGCUGACACUAGUUUCGGAAAAAGGUAUGGAGCUGGUACUCGGCAAGAUCCUUACUGGGGAGAUAUUGUUCAGCUCGUGCGGCUCCUCGACCUUGCUUCGGUGUACCAUACUGCGCAAUUUCUUCUUACCAACCAUUUGUAUCCUGUUCAAACACACAAGGCAUUUACUGCCACUUCUGUGGGGGGAAUAUGCUUUUACUUUGACAUCUUACGAAAUGUAUCGGAUCGGCCGGAAGAAGCAGUGAAACUGCAUGUUGUACCCGGUGUCAUCCAGACGAAUGCUGGACGGCAAUACUCGUUCAUUGCCGAUAAAACAGGCACAAGGUCUUAUGGACUUUUAGGGUUAGACUGGAGAGACCGACAUGUACCCCGAGAUGUACUCAAUACUCUCGCGCAGUACAGAAUCGACUACCAAGCUAGGGCGACAGGCACCCUGAGUGGCAACAUAGCUCUCCCCAUACUUUUUACCGACACUGGAAGCUCUGAUCUGACGGUCAAACUCUUAGUCGAGGAGUCUACUGGUGGCCUGCUUGUUGAUCUUCACUUCCUGGGUAGCGCGGGAAGCUGCCGUGUCGGUGCCUACACCAUGCUAAAGGAGAUCAUCGAGAGCGCGGGGCGAGUCCAGUGCACUUACCAUAACUGCUCCAGGCUGGAUCAAGUUGAUUGCAGCAUACGUGGUAUAGACGGAGAAGGCUAUGUGCCUGAUAGCCUCGGACAGAUAGGUUGCCUCCAACCGAUAAUUUACCUCCGAAGACUUGCUGGCAAUCCUUUGGCGAGAUGUGUCGGACUCUUGGUUAACGGGAGCAGGGAAGAAGUGCGCAUAUUACGGCAGCGGGAGUGUAUACCAUGCUGCAUCAAGGCGGCAGCCGAUCUACGAGGUGGUCAUCGGACGUGUCCAAGUUACGUCAUUCUUUAA